AUGUUCCGCCCGCGCACUCUCCGGGCCCUGCCCAAGGGUCGCCUGCAGCCCGUCCGAACCCCUCGGCGCACCUUCUUCAACCGCCAGCGGUCCUUCGUUCACCAACCUACCGACAAAUACAACAUCGCCCAGCUGAGUGAAGCCCGCUCCAGCUACGACCGCGACCGCACCUACUUCCUCGCCGCCGGCGCCAUUGCCGGAAUCAUCUCCUUCAUAUACACGGCCAACAAGCUCCGCAAGGCUCUCGCGGCGGAGAAGAAGCGCAAGGCGGCAGAGGCAGGCGCGGAGGAAUCACCCUCCACGGAUAACCGUACCGGGAUCCAACUCGAUUCGUCGGUGCCGAGCGAGACCUUCACCACCGAGGCUGGCAGUAAGCGCAAGGUCGUCAUUCACGACGAGGAGGGCAGGGAGCUCGUGCCCACCGGCAACAAGACCGUCCCAAGCUUCCCCCGCACCGUCGAGCUCUCCUCCAAGCACUCCUCCACCUCGCGCGACCCGGAAGCCGCAGCCAAUGCUCCGAUCGCGGCCUCCGUCCAGGACAGCGACGGCGUCGAGUACACCCUCGUCGGCCUCGGCAUCCGCACCGUCAGCUUCCUGAGCAUCCAGGUGUACAUGGUGGGCUACUACGUCGCCACCCAGGACGUCGCGAAGCUGCAGCACUACCUGACCAAGAAGAUCAACCCGAUCGCCACGACGCUGGUGCCCUCGGAGCGCGACGAGCUGAAGCAGAAGCUGCGGGAUCCCGUCGAGGGCGAGGAGGCGUGGACGGCCCUGCUGCAGGAGGUCGGAUGCCGGAGCGCGUUCCGCAUCGUGCCGGUCCGCGACACCGACUUCCCGCACCUGCGCGACGGGUUCGUGAGGGCGAUCACCCACAGGUCGUCGGCCGAUAAGGAGGCGUACGGCGACGAGGCGUUCGGCGAGGCGAUGAAGGAGUUCAAGAGGCUGUUCAGCCGCGGCAAGGUUCCGAAGUCGAGGGAGCUGCUGCUCUGUCGCGACGAGAAGGGCGCGCUGGAGGUCAUCUUCGACGACGGCAGGAGUUUCGGGCGCCAGAGCUGCGGUAAAGUGCAGGACGAGCGCGUGUCGAGGCUCCUGUGGCUCAAUUGGCUGGCCGGUAAUAAGGUCGCCUCUGAAGCCGCAAGGACGAGCAUCAUUGAUGGCGUCAUGGAGUUCGUCGAGAGGCCUGUCGGCACGGUCGCCGCGCAGGUUGUGUAG